ACAUCGGCUGAUGUUCACAUGCACUUACUGCAGAUCUCACUUCCCUCUAUGUCGGCAGAUCGCUAUUUGAGUCAGUUUGCAGACAUUCUGACUCAACUGCAAACGAUUUCCACACAACAGCAGGCAAUCAUCACCCGAGUGACAGCUGUGGAAGAGAAAGUGAACCGCAUGGAUGCAUUGAGGGAGAGAGUUGCCAACAACGACACUAACCUCAGUGCCCACUCAUCAACUCUCGCUUCAAUCAACUCCACAAUGGAUUCACGCUCGGCUGCAGUGGAUACACGCUUGGCUGCAGUGGAUUCACGCUCGGCUGCAGUGGACUCACGCAUUGCUGCGCUAGAAUCACGUAUCUCCAGACAGUCGUCUGGUGCCAGUACUCACCGUCUGACGGCGACUACCUCACACAGCUGUGACUCUAUUCCCCAGUCCUCUCCAUCACCACGCAGUGCAUCUUCUGCAACACCACCGAUGAUGUCAUCCGGCGCUUCCUCAGCUCAAACACCGGUUAGACUUAGAGUGCCCAGACAAGGGUCAGCCUCAGAUCAGACUACCCUGCCCAGAAACACGUUGUCACCUUCACCAUUAACAGCAUCAUCAGCAGCGGCAGCAGUAGUAGCUGCAUCUGCACCACGGCAGCGUGAUUACACACAGAUCUGCAAAUCAAGGUAUUCAUUUGGUAGCUGCGGCAGUGGGAGAGAUCAGUUUGACGGCCCUUGGGGACUAGCAACCAACAAAGCUGGUGACCUGAUCAUCUGUGACGUCGAUAACCACAGAAUAAAGAUACAUGGGGUUGAUGGCCAGUUCAAGCAGACGACUGGUCGGAUGGGUACAAGCUGUGGAGAGUUCAACUACCCAGCAGCUGUGCAUGUAACAGAUGAUGAACGAGUGAUCAUUGCUGAUUCUGGCAACAACCGACUACAGAUCACUGACAAGGACUUCUCCGAGUUCAGCAUCAUAGGAAGGCAUGGAUCGGGAAUUGGCGAGUUCGACUGGCCAAGUGGUGUUGUCCAAGUGAACCACAGCGCACUGGGCCAGUGCUUUGCAGUGGCAGAGUACAGUAACAAUCGGGUUCAGGUUGUGCCAUGCAGUGGUGAGACAGGAUAUGCAUUUGGAACGAGAGGUAGUGGUCAAGGCCAAUUUCAAGAUCCAAGCGGCAUCGCAGUGUACCUCAACAGGUUGUUUAUUGCUGAUAGUGGCAACGAUCGCAUCCAGGUGAUGACCGUCGAUGGAGAGUAUAUCACUUCAUUCGGUUCUCGGGGCAGCGCUUUCGGGGUUUUCACUUCGUUCGGGUCAAAGGGCAGCGCUUUUGGUCAGCUGCGCAGACCGUUUGAUGUCACUACAGAUACCUACGGCAAUGUUCUAGUCGUAGAUCGAGGCAAUGGACGUGUUAUGGUAUACGCCGCAGAAACACACACACCGCUGGCUGAGUUUGGAAAAGGAGAGCUGGACCGGCCGACGGGUGUCUGCGUGACAAGUGAGGGCUUAGUAGCUGUUUCCUGUUAUGGAAACCACAAGAUUUUUGUGUUUUGAAGAUUUCUUGUUAGACACCUGUCAUCAGUCACCUGCUCACACUUUUGUAUGCAUCAUAACAUAAAUGACCAUAGCGUGACACAAACUGUUCUUGUAUCCGAUCCUACUCCCCUCCCCUCCCCCCCCCCCCCUCCCCCCACCCCCAACACACGCACACACAUAACCACAACCCCUUAGUUGUACAUCCUUGAUAAUUUUCAGUUGUCUUUUCUUCACUUCUCGGGGAGAAUUUGGUUUUCCUCCACUCAUCCGCCGCCUUGGUUGGUGACGUGUUCUAUCUUACAGCACUCUCACAUGAACUGAACACAUCCCACGCAUGUUAUACCACAGUACUUCGAUUUCUUUACUGGAUUAGGUAGAUGCCGCAACAGUUAUUCCACUCCAGUUAUUCUUAGGUAGCUUCUGGUUCCCGGUGUUUAUUCACCCGGUUAUCUCAGAAAAGAACGUUUGCAAUUGCUAGAAUACAAAUCUGUCCAGUGGUGGAUAUUUUUUUGCAUUGGUCCCUUCUUCUUCAUUUUAAUCCUUGGCUCUCCAUCUGAGUUCAUUAUGCAUUAUUAUGUAGGCUGUAAUAGUUCUGAAUUUUUCUAAUUUUACUUAUUGGAUUGUUUUCUCGCAGAUUAAUCAUAUGAUUAGGAUAUCUAUGCAACAGUUAGUUUGAAUUGUUCACAUCGACAUCACGUUUUCCUUGUACUGAUUCUGUCCACUCACGUGGUUGGUGCA